UCAGAAUGUUUAAAAAAAAAAAAAAAAAUGAUGGUAGUCAACAUUUCUUUAGGUUUAGGAUGUUGGUAAUUAUUUACUUUUAGAUGAUGUAGCCUUUUAUUUGUUGCAUAUACACGACAGUACAGUGAAAUUCUUUCCUUCUCGUGUCCGAGCUCGUUAGGAAGUCGGGGUCAGAGUGCAGGGUCAGCCGUGAUAUAGCGCCCAUGGAGCCGAGAGGGUUAAGCAUGGGGUUAAGAGCCUUGCUCGGCUUGGUGGUGCUGGGGCUCGGACCUCUGACCUUCUGAUCAUUAAUGCAGAGCUUGUGAUUUGAAGGUUAGCAGGUAUAUUAUUAGAUUCAGUCAUUAUUUAGGCUACUUUUAGAUACGAAGUACCAAGGUGUAUUGUUUUUCUAGUCUUUUCUUUGCUAAUACCACCAGGGGGCGCCUGAAACUCACACUAGUAAGUGCCACUGUUGUAAAAUACAAGCUAGACAUAAACAAAUAAAUAUUGAAUUAUUUACAUAUUAUCAGUACGAUUUAGAGAAUUAAGAGCUACAGCAGAAAAGUUAUCCAUUGUGGAUUUUGUAUCGAUGUGUUGUUUAGUUUAACUGCUGUAGCUUAUUUAUAUAAAUAUUAACCCUAUAAUUAAUCUUAAAUAGUCCUCCAAUAAUGGAGCAUAUUGAUCCUAGUUCAAACAUGCAAGGUAAAUAAUGUGAAAAAGCUCAAUCUAUGUAUUACUUCUCACGGAAAGACUUAUUUAUUUUAUUCUAUUCUAUCCUACAUACUUUCUUUAGACAAUGAUACAACUUUAUUGUAGAAUCCCAUAAAGCUGGUCUCUAAUGUACACACAUUAUUAGCACUGACAUCAAAUAUCAGUUAUUUAACGAAUAUAAUAAUGCUUUAACUAGCAUUACUUUUGUACCAAGAGACAUUUCAAGUGCAACUGUGAUGAAGGCUUUACACAAAACAAAACAACUUCAUGAUAUUUACUCGAUUAUAAAUCUUGUAUGGGAAGACUACUUGUAUUGUUCCCUGCUUAAUAUAUCGCUUUGCUUGUAUUUCCUCAUGUGUAAGUCGCUGUUAAAUGAAUAAAUGUAUUUUAUUUUUUUGUGGGAAAAGUCAAAAUCCAGCCAAGAAUUUAGUGGGUCCAGGGUUGCCAGAUUGGACGGAUUGCUUUCUGGGAAACUAAACAAACUUUAAUCUGUAAGAGAAAAAACAAAAAACAACAACAACAAAAAAAUCAAUUAUUAUAAAAACAAUUAUUAUAAAUAAAAUAAAACAUCUACCAAUCCAACGGUGUUCAAUAUAUUGAUUUGGCACAUUUUAGCGCGAUUUGGCAACACGCACACAAACUUUCCUACUAGGUAGUGUGGAGUGGAGUGCGGCUGUAGGAGCGUGUUAUUGUAUCGAUGUGUACUAUUAGUGCACACUGUGUAGUAGGCAAGUGCGCAUUUCAGCAGCCAGUUUUUCCCUUCAGAGCUUCAGACUCCAGUUCCGGGAGCUACAGGUGGUGCCUCUGAGAGUCUCCGUGUUUUCCCCACGCACUGCUCUCACUCUUUUCCCUCACAGUAACAGCAGUGUGUGUGAGACACACACGCUCCAGUAACGUCUUUCAUAGCUUUCCUUAAAAAAAAAAUUAAAAAAAUCACGGCAUCUUUUGAAACUCAUGGCGGGAUUCUGUGCGAGCUGGACUUCUUUUCCUCUCAGUGGACUUUUGUAAAAUGGCGCCGUUGAGAAUUUAGCGAACUGCUGGAAAAUAUAAUAAUAAUAAUAAUAGAAAGCAUGCCUUUUCAUGAAAGGACGGUGGAGCCGCGGCGGUUGUGCCGGUUGAAGGCGGAGGAGGACGGUCACGGCGCGGUGCUGUUCGCCUCUCUGGAUGAGGUGAGCUCGCGGGCGCUCUCGAUGCUCCUGCGGCAGCUGAGUGAUGUGUCCCGGCACGCCAGCGACAUUUUCCGCGGUCUGGAGCUCCAGGCUGUGCUCGUGUUCCAGCGGAGCUCCCGCAUCCAACAGCGCCUGGACAGCUUACACACCGCUGUGAGCCAGCUCAACCCCAAGCAGGUUCAAAUCCCCGUGUCUAAUCUGGACGAGGAGAGUAAGUGGACAGUUCACUACACGGCACCGUGGCACCAGCAGGAGAAUGUGUUCCUGCCUGCAUCCAGACCAGCCUGUGUGGAAGAGCUGCACCGUCAAGCUAAAGUCAACCUCAAAACAUCGCUCAGAGAUUGUGAUAAGCUGAGGAAGGAUGGCUUCCGCAGUUCCCAGUACUACUCGCAGGGCCCCACCUUCUCAGGCUCAGGCCACUCCCGCAACAGCCAACUGGAGGACGAGGACGAGGAUGAUGUUGAUGAUAAGUCGACUGCCUCGUCUGCAGAAGAGUACAAGAGCUCCGGUGCAAUGAGGGCACACACUGCUUUAAAGGCUGAGGAGGCUGAGGUGGAUGGGCAGGAGGUAUGCUUCACGCCCUUACCCACUCCUGAGGAAAAGAUGAGACAACAAGCUCAAGCCAUUCUGACUGACAUUGUCCCCAUCAACGUCACAGCUAAAGGACGAGGAGGGGAGCUCCGACCACAGUCCAUGUUUAUUCCUGGACAGUAUUCCACACUGGAACGUUCUGCCAGUGUGUGUUCUACGCUGAGGCACUCCGAGACGAGGGAUUCUGGCUGCCAGACCGAAGAGGUAAAAAUCGUUCCACCAUCUGUGAGGAGGAUCCGAGCACAGAGAGGCCAAGGAAUCGCUGCUCAGAUGUCUGGCAUGUCUACAUCCGCCACCAAUAUAGCUACAGGUCCACACGACCAUUCCCCUGGAUCUCCUGUGCAUGUCAUGGGUCCUCGAUUUAAUGGUGAUCCCCAACGCUUCCAUAGCUUGCCACGGGGUGCACGGGUUUCUCUGAAUGCAGAGCUCCUGAACAGAAGUACUUCGUGUAGGCCAGAGAAUAGUGCUGGACCACCACCUCGGCAGAUCGGAAAGUUCCAAGUUGAUGAGACCGCAGUUCACAUGAGGAACGCCCCGAGGACUAGCACUUCAGCCCGCCCGAAAUCCCAGGAGGUAAGGGGAUCACAUGGGGACUGGGGGACUGCCUGUGUGGUUUCUCCCCUUGCAGCAUACUCAACGUCACUCAUCCCAAAUGCAACGUUGUCAUGUUCGGCUGAGGUGAUUGCCCUUCACGCUACGUCUAGCCCAGGGCAGCAACUGCAUUCAAGGCCACUCAGGAUGUCCUCGAGUGUCAAUGGAGAAAGCUCCACCAGUGUGGCCACCAGUGCUGAGACAGACAUGCAGGAAGCUGGUCAGUCCAAUAGCAGCUUAAAUAGCCAAAGUACAAUCGCUGCAGGAACAGCAUUAUCAGAUGAGCAGUGGAUUUAUGACACCCCUGAGAAUGUGUCGCCCAGAAGACCACUCACUUCCAGCUGCUCCACUCCCAUCAAUCAUCUCUACAACAGCUUGGAGCGCUCCUCUAAAGGUACAGACUCCAGUUCACUCUUCUCCAUGGACAAUGAUGGUUAUUACACCUCCAUGCAUUUGGACUCAGGUCUGAGGCCAAAAGGACAUAGCAUUGCAGGCAGGGCAGCACGGCAUAGUAUGUACGAGUGCAUUGGCCAGCCAGGAGACUGUAGCAGCGUUUCUAGUGAUCAGUCACUGUCCCGAUCUAUUUCCCUUCGUAAGUCUAAGAAGCCACCCCUCCCUCCAGCACGCACAGACUCGCUGCAGCGUAAACCUAAGAAUAAAAAUGCUGUUAAUGCUAGCAAUGGCUCAGUCCUUAACGAGUCACUGAUUGCUACGCUUCAGCAGUCCCUGCAGAAUGGGUUGAAAGGGAAAGGGUCUUUGACCUCACCAUCUCAAAGCCCUUGCAGUGACUACGAGGACCCCUGGAUGUUGCGGCCUAGGAGCCAGAGCAGUUUAAGUGCAGGCAGUAGCGGUGUGUCGGCCGCAGGGGUGGGUAACGUUUAUUCCAUCUGUCAUGUCACACCACUGCACAGUGACACCAGCAGCCUGCGUUCUGACUACGCAGAGUCUUGGGGCUAUUAUAUGGAUUACCCUCGUCUGCAGAGCGAUCAGGCACAGUCACCAGUACAUACUAACUCGGUAUCUAAUGGAGGACAGCCAGGUAUUAUGCCAAAUGGACAACAUAUCCACAAUGAUAUUCAGACAACCCUUCCUCCUGCUAAGGGGAAUAUGUCAGAAAAGCCUCAGGUAAACACAUCGUCCCCAGACAGGGUGCAUCGUUUAACCUCCCCUUCAAGUGGAUAUUCGAGUCAGUCCAACACGCCAACGGCUGGUACCCCUGUUCCCUCUUUCAUGAGGUCCAUGUCACCUUCUGGUUGUAAGCCCAAGCCACGUGUGCCUGAAAGGAAGUCCUCUUUGCUCUCCUCGGUGUCCAUCUCCUCUUCUUCAACAUCUUUAUCCUCGAACACUUCAGAUUCUGUUAGGAACAACAUCACCCCUCUACCUCCGCCACUGCAUCAUUCAACACUGUCCCUUUCACCACUCAGCCCUGAACCUUUCCCUCCACCUCUUCCUCCCUACAGUCCUGUGUGCACUCCAAGUGGAACCUUUCCACCUCCACCUGCUCCUCCUUUACCCAACACCCCACAGCAUGAAGUAUCCUUGAGCCCCCUCUCUAUAAAUUCCUCUCCAGAAUUUCCACCUCCUCCUCCUCCAGAGGUAUUGAAUGACCCCAGCAUGCUACAUAAUGGAUCUUUUAGCCCCACUCUUCAUCCACCCCUGCCUCCACCACCUCCCCUGUUUCCUCCCACUGUAAAUGCUCACAUUCCCCCACAACCCCCAUCCUUGCCCACCUUGACUCCAAUUAUACCUUCUUCUGCAAGCUUAAAGGGAAUUAAAGAUAGACUCAAACCGGUGAAAUCGGAGAGAAAGUCAGUUUCCGUUCGCUCUGAAGAGGUCGGCAAGUCUGCCAUGCCACUAAUAACCCCAUUCGCCCUCCAAAGUGUGCAGCUUCGGUCAGUCAAACAACCAGAGGGUAUUGAGGACAGCAGUAAAUCUCAAGAGGUGGAAACCGAACAGCCUACUACUACUAAGCCUGGCACAACAGAUACACGUAAAAAGUCACACCACCUGACUGUUUUGCCCCAGGCUUCCUGCCCUGCUGCUGAAAGAAAUGGAACAUUACAAUCUCCAUCAUCGGAGAAUAUAAUCACCGAAGACAAAAAACAAGUAGAAAUACCACUUUAUAAGACAAAAUCAGGAGAAGAAAUGCCCUACGAGGCCACUAAUUACCCUUCGAGCGCUUUCAUGAGUCAUAAAGCUGAGGUGGAUGGUACAGAGAGGGAGGAGAGAACACCACAAAACACCACGCCCAAGAAAAAACCUCCCGUGUUCGCCAAGAAGCCCAAAUUUCCCAUCGUCUUUGCCGUCGAACCCGAGCUUAUCGUAGAGGACAAGCAGACACUGGCCGACGAGCAGGAUUCCUCUCCUCGAGUGUUUUCAAACGUUAAACAAGAGGUGACCAGUCAUGAACCAAACCCAGACGUUCAGGAAUCCCCGUCUGUGGAGGAGAUCGAGAAGGACGAUGACAAACCUCCCACUGAGAUUUUCACGUUUGAAAGUAGCCCGUGUCCAACUGAUGGUCAGGUUGAGGAACUCUCCCAGACUCCCAUCAUUCAGGAAGCAUCCGUGUCUGUUGAUGAUGCAAGGAGCACUUCAGACGGAGAAGAGGAAGAAAACGGAGAAGAUGAUGAAGACGCAUUAAGUAGCACUGCAGGAUCAGUCUGCUCCAAAGAUGACGGUGACGUGUUCGAGUCCAGCGCGUCAGACUCCCCGCAGACUCCCAGCAUUAACGGUGACGUCGUCGAAGACAUGGUGACUCCCACGCGGCCCCGUACCACGGAGGACCUCUUCGCAGUCAUUCACAGGUCCAAGCGAAAGGUCCUGGGUCGUAGGGAGUCUGAGGACGAGCGGGUGCGAGGUCAGUCGUCUCCUCCAGUCACACCGACGGGACCAACUCCUUCCCUCAGCUCGACUCUGCCUCGUCAGACGGGUUCUAUCCAGCGCAGCCUGCGCAAAUCAGCCACCAGCAGUGACACCUUUAAGGCGCUGCUGCUGAAGAAGGGCAGCCGCUCAGAAGGCAGCUUUCGCAUGUCCGCUACCGAGAUGCUCCGCACAACCGACCCACGAUUCCAGAGGACUCGAUCUCUGGAGUCCUCUCUGGAGCCGACUUCACCUGCAGCGGGCCUGGACAGCCCCUGCGCUUCCCCUGGUCGCUGCAAGAGGGUGCCAGAGGACUGGCCCCGGAAUGAGUCCACACUGCCACGUUACUCUCCGUGUUCCCCCUUGUCCCCUUCCUCCGGGCUCGGGCCGAAGUACGGCCGAUCCCGCACACCACCCUCUGCUGCCAGCAGCAAGUACAAUUCCCGGAGUCGAAUCCUGAGCAGCCCCAUGACCGUCAUCUGUGAGAGGGAGGGAGAGCUAACUGAGAGCGGAGAGGGGCUGGAUGAACCAUGUCCCGUUUCCUCCACUCCAAUCCCUCAAGACUCGAAUGGCACUUUAUGUGACGGGGAGACUUAAGAUGAAAAUGACUUUUUUUUUUUUUUCCCCCCCGAGCCACAAGGUGCCUCCUUCAGACUGAAGUAGUGUCUGAAGUAGAUCCCGUUUCUGUUCCUGCUGUUCAUCCGUGAACGUGCUUUCCUUUACAGUAGUACACUUAUUUCCUGAAAACGUCUUUUUUUUGGUUCUUUUUGAUUUCCAUCGUUCACCUCAUGAACUUUGUAUUGGGGAUGUGGAAUAAGGACCGAUUUACAAACGAUCAGAGAUGAAGGAUUUGCAAAGCAAGUCAUCCCUUUGACCAGCGGAUAGAUCGGCUUUGCUUUGUGGAACGCUCAGUGUUCUCGAGGUUGUAGUCCCAGUCCAUCUAUCUGCAGUAAUGAACCCGAACUGACUGCUGAACACACUGUUUGGAAAUUUAUGGCGAAUUUCAACCCGACAGUCAUGAACUUUAGAAGCCGCGUUAAAGGGUUUCCACUGAGUCACUGGGUGUGGGGAAAGUGACCGAGGCCAACACGAAGGACUGCUGAGACGCAGGCUGAGGCUCCAGAAGAAGCUUUUCUGUUGGAUUUGUAGUGUGUAGGUUUGCACUGUGUUUUUGUUUAUUUGUUUGUUGGUCAUUUAAAAUGUUCUGCCUGUGUUGUGAUGACUUUUUCCAUACAAAGAGAAAAUCUACUUGAAGCGAGUAACAUCUGUUUGUGACGGUUUAGUUAACCAAAGAGUUUAAAGUAUAAACGUAAUUGUCGCCUGCUGUAGGGACUCUGGGUAGCUCAGGCGUUUACUGUACUGGGAGCAAUAACGGUUCUUCUGUAAAGCAUUGCUAAAGACUAGCUUUUACAUUUCUUAUUUACUAACUCCUCUUACAUAAAAUCUCGUGCAGUUUUAUACUGGGUUUUUGUUGUUUUUUUUUUGUAUAUAAACAAAAAUAUUAAGAAAUAACAUCUGGAUUUAUUUUCAAAGAAUUUGUACACCCUUGUUAGAGGACGUGGCUUUCUUUUUGUAGAGUAUUUAUUUUAGAUUAGCCAGAAUGUGAUGUGAUUUAUUUGUGAGGGAUUUUUACAUAUUUGCAGCUCAGUUUCUAAUUAUUUAGAAAGAAUUACAUCACUGUUUUAGACUCGUGAGCCGAGUCUGAUUUCGAGGCCUUUAUGAAGUCUCCUUCUUGUCCUUUUGAUCCAGAGAACCAAAAACACGGUGAGAGAAAGAAGGCUGCUAACCCUCUUGUGUAUGUCUCGCUAAUAAAUGAAUAAAGAAAUAAAAAAGUUGAUAAAAUGGCUCCUCUCUGUGUUUGAUUCACUGCCACCUGUCACCCGUCAGAAAAACCCACACUCGUUACAGGCGUCGCCAUGGCACCCUGGGCUGUUAGUCAUUUCUAAAGGUUUCAGGUGAGGUCACUGCUUAUUGCUCCAUCUCCGUUCUCCAUCACAGUCCAGAAGACAGCGAGUCCUGUUGAUUGUUAAGUCUUCAUAAAUGGGACUAAUUUUACCCCUGUAUAAAUCAUUUUUUUUUAAAAACAAGGAAGACUUUCACAACUCUCCUGGAUACUCAUGGUUUUGUGAUGCUCGGCCACGGGAAUAAUAGAUCGUGGUGGUACUUUGGCUCGGCGUCGGCACUCAGCAUAAUCGAGUUUUCGCCCGGUGCUGAGCGCAUGAAUAUGAUCUUCAGGCAACACUUGCCUCGAAAACAAACCUGAUGACACUGCAGAGUCUACGUGUGGAUCAGUGAAGACCUGCUCGCUGCAGCUGUGCUCGUGUUCGUCACACGUUCAGCUAAAAAUCAUCCAGCCUGAGAGCUCUCGUUCGUGUAAAACAGCCAUAUUUAUUACAGAAUGAGUACGUGUUACAUUUGAGAUUCAAAAUCCUCCAUUAUUGUAGUGGAAUCAUUGUGAUAUCAUUUUACAUUUAAUUAAUCGAUAAUAAAUUGAAAGCGUUUCAUUGAUAAAAUUAGGAUUAAAUCCUUGCGUGCACUCUCUUAGGAUUUAAAGGCUUUAAAGGGUUAGUUCACCCAAUGAAAAUGAACAUUGUCAUCACUCACUCACGCUCAUGUCCUUCCAAACCCACGCGUGUUCUGAAGAACACAAGUGGAGACGUUUUUAAUGAAACCGGCGAGAUUUCUGUCCCUCCAUUUAAAGUCCAAGUAACCAAAAAGUUCAUAAAGGCAUCGUAAAAGUAAUCCAUGUGACUCCAGUGGUCCGGGAAAAUCUAAUAUUAACCCCUCCGGUAUGCUCCGAGAACAGUCACGGCCAGCCCGAUUUAAAAUCAUUAAUAUUAAACAUAUUCGACAUUUGUGACUUUUAAUAGUGAGACACGGUCUCACCUUUGACUUUGAUCAUGUCUGAAUGCCUAAUAACCAAUGAUAGAUGAACUGAAUUGUAAGCCCCUCCCCCUACCAUCACCACCUACAAAUUUCUACCCACUUUGCUCACCUGCCAAUUCCCAUCCAGCUCUCUCCUAUACCAUAACAACUACCACCCAGGGAGGGUGAAGGCUUCCUCGGAGACGUGUGAUGCCAGCCAAACAGAUCUUUUCAAACUGCUGCUGCAUCACAGGGCAGUGGAACACACUCAGAAGAAAUUUUUUUUUUUAAAAGUGUGUUUAUAACAUGGUGGAUGACAUGAGCUCACAGAGACCCACAAUUGGCUAGAGACAGAAACCCCACACCCAAAGAGCGCAUCAAAUUUUGCUCCCUUAGCUCCCGGCCAGGUGACCGUGUCAUGGCUGAGAUUCAAAUUUGCAAUCUUCUGCAUUUUCUCAACUGGCUUAAAAAAAAAAAAAAUCUGUAAUAAUACAUUCAACGUCACACGACAAAAGCACCAAGACACAAUCAAAAAAAAAAAAAAAAAGGAA